CAGCCGCUGUAACGUCAACGUCAACGUCAACGUCGACGACAGCAGCGCGCGCAACAGCAUCCACACAUACAUACAUAUACAAGCACAUUCACAGCGAUCACUUCGCAUGCGAAACUCAACGAGCGCGCAUCAAAAUCAAAUUCAAACGGUUACGGUUUACGGGAAUAGAAAAGAGUAACGAACUAACGCCAAAGCACUGAAAAGAACUCGAGUACCCGCCCCAAAAGACUAUGAAAAGAUAUUUUGUGUGCAUACAAUAAUAAUAAAAAAAGAAAAGCAAAGAGAAUAAAGCCAGGCACCAGGCAGAAGGCAACCGCAGAACGAGCGAACGAACGACUGACUGAACAAACGGUAACUGUGGUAAACUUCAAAAGGCACAGUCGUAAUUGAAAUCGAAUUAAAGCAACGUGCAAAAAAACAAAAAAAAAGCAACUUAAAGGCAGGGCGAUAAAAAAGAAAUUAUGCUACAUUGUGCGAGAGGUCAAACCGAGACGAGCUACCAGAUUAUCUAGAGCUUUUGCGUAAUUGCGGCGUAAGAAAAAUAAAAAGAAAAAAAACCGCAAAGCGUCGCUUAAUGUUUAAUAGGCAGCGAAUUUAACUCAUAAAAGGGCACAGGCGCUAAAUCCAAAUGAGCCAAACGCUAACCACAAGACGUGAUAACCGUUAAUUUGAGAGCUUUGGCCGCAACGCCAGCGUCGACGUCGACGCCAGCUAGAGCUUGAGCCUCUGCCACAGCUGGGGCAGCCUGCAGCAGUUCUCUUGCACAGGCGUCGCUUGGAGCUACUGUAAAAACUUUCUUUAACGCAACGCAAUCCAAGUCGUGUCGUGAUCUUUGCACGCCGUCGCAUAGCUAGUGUUGAACUUGAGAAGCAGCAGCUACAGCAGCGGCAGCAACAAAAGCAACAACAAUAGCAACUGCUUCUAUUUCAAUUGUUAACGAGCGAAAGCGUCGUAGUCACGCACACACACACACACAUAUACACACACGUUCAGUUAUCUUCGUCUAGCCUAGGCCAGGAAAGUGCAGUCGACAGUGAAAAUGAUGUGCCCGUUCCAGAGCCGCUUUGGGCUAAAGUUCCAGCGCCAGCUGUUUGGCGCACUGCUGACAUGCAUGUUAACGGCAACGCUCACCAAUGGCGCCGUUACAGACUCGCCCAUUAAGUUCAUUAAAUUGCCCACGCAGGCGCCUGUGAUACGCUAUCGGAACGCGGAUGCUGCGCCGGAUUCGCUGCUGAUCAACUAUCGGCAGGAUGCACAGCCGGAGCUGUCCGCCACGCUGAUGCAGGCGCCGGGCGCAGCGGCCGCCGCACUGGAGAAUCUGCUGCAGGAGGAGGCGGAUCAGCAGCAGCAGCUGAGCAUGGGCCGCCAGCAUAGGGCCAGCGCAACGAGCAGCUCCAAUGCCAACAACAACAACAACAACUGCCCGCGCUCCUGUCCGCCCAGCUUGACGGUGGGCGCGGAGCCCGUCUGCGGCAGCGACGGCCUCAUCUAUGCCAAUCUGUGCGAGCUGCGCAAGAAGACCUGCACCCGCAAUGGCGUCUCCCUGAUCAAGGAUGUGCGCGACGGCUGUGAGCGUUCCAAGGGCUCCGACUGUAAGCAUCGCUGCAGCACCGAGAAGGAUCCCGUUUGCGGCACCGAUGGACGCACCUAUCUGAAUCGCUGCAUGCUGCGUGUCCAGUCGUGCCGCGUCGGUCUCGCCGCCGUCAAGCUGUCGCAUGUGGGUCCCUGCAGCAAUACGAGUGCCCAGCGCGAAUCCUGUCCCGUCGACUGCAACAGCGCGCCAAAGGAUGGACCCAUCUGUGCCUCCGACGGCAAUGUGUACAACUCCACCUGCGAGAUGAAGCUGCACACCUGCGGCCAGGGCGUCGUCAAGACCAGUCGCAAGCACUGCCAAUCGACGCGCAUGUGCCGCGAGUCCUGUUGGCGCGUGGCCAGACCCACCUGCGGCUCCGAUGGCCGUCUCUAUGCCAGUCCCUGCAAGAUGCGCUCCACCAACUGUGGCAAGCACGUGUUCGAGGUGCCGCUCUCCUUCUGCAUGCCACAGGAACGACACGGCAGCCAGUCGGCGGAAACCUGCCCCACGGAAUGUCCUAAAUCCGAUGCGGAUGCAACAUCGCAGUACGUGUGCGGCAGCGAUGGCAACAUCUAUUCAUCCCUCUGCGAGCUCAAAAUGCUCAACUGCGGACCCCAGCGCAAGUCCAUCCAGAAGAUGAGCAUGGACAAGUGCAAGAAUCGUUUGACUCGCUGCAAGCAGCUGCCGCCGUGCAAGGACUUUAACAAUCUCUUUGGCUCCAUCUUCAGCUCGAAACGCAACGACAAGUUGUGCGGCACAGACGCCAAGACGUAUAACAACGAGUGUGAACUGGCUCAUGCCACCUGCCUACGCGGCGUCAAUCUGGCGCAUAUUGGACCCUGCACGGAUCUGAAUACGCCCGCCAAGGACUGCGGCGAUGCGUGCACGCGUUCGGAUCUCGAACAGCAGCCGGUGUGCGGCUCCGAUGGCAACACGUUCGCCUCCAUGUGCGAGUUCAAGCGACGCACCUGCAAUCUGCGCGUGGUGCCUGUCUCACUGAAGAACUGCGCCCUGACCGCCGACUGUGAGUCCGACUGCGAUGCACAGCCGCCAAAUUUCGUGUGCGGCUCGGACAACAAGUUCUACAAGUCCGAAUGCCAUAUGCGCAAGGAGAACUGUGGCAAGCAUGUGUUUGUCGUGCCGCUGAAGCGCUGCCUGGCCGCCUUCCAGUUCAAGGGCUGUGCCCGCAUCUGUCCCAGGGAGUUCGAGCCGGUCUGCGGCAGCGACAAUAAAACAUAUUUGAACGACUGCUUCCUGGACAUUGAGAAUUGUCGCACCAAUAGCACGGUGGGUGUGCAUCACUAUGGCGCCUGUGGACGCCCCGAGGCGCCCUCAACCAAUUUCCUUUACUAGGGGCGUCAUUUACAAUUUUACA